CCACCAUGUCCCAUAUCUCAGACCACCACGAAAGGAAAGGUACCCCGUUGACAUAUAUGGAGAGUGACGAAGAAACGGAGACGUUGCGCAACUAUGGGCCCAGUGACAGGAUCCUUUACAAGGAUCGUACGGAGAAGGAGAGGCGCAUCAUCCGCGCUUUCGUGCGUUACGACAAUGAUAGAGAACACGAUAGUAGAAGGGAUCUUAUUAAGCGCUACAUAUGUGGUUAUGGCACCGUCGAGAAAGCAAUACGCAAUACGUAUGGAGACGUCCUAUCUGAAGACAGUAAGUAUCGACGUGAAAGAUUUUGGGCUCUGCGAAACGAGGACGAUAUGAAGGCCACAACCAAAGGCCGUACGGUGAAAAGAGGACGCGAAGGCUCAGCGGACUCCGUCUCAGAGAUAGAAGAAAUCAUCCAAACCCCGAGACCCAAACGAACAUGCACAACGCAAAGAAAGGAUGAAGAUUCCGAGCCUGUAACGCGGGCUACCGCUGGCACCAAUCGCAGCACCAGAUCUACAAUGCGCCCCAAGCCACAGACUACGGCUUCGACCUCCAACAAAAUCAGAGCCAAGUCCCCCGUGCUGCCCUCCAAGAAGACUGGCAACGACGCCGAGCUCCUGCGCUUCCUCCAAGCAGCCGAAUUGCCCGACAAAACAGCCAGUCUCCUCGAUCGGGAAGGGAUCUCGACCAUCGACGACCUCAAGUUCAUCAAGAAUGUGAAGCAAUCUUCUCGGGAGGAGAUCAAAAAGAGUCUGAUGGCGGCAGGUGGAUUUUCCAGGUUGCAGUGGGUGAGAUUUGAGGCUGCGUUGGAUAGGUUAUGACUUCGCAUAAGGAUGUUGGGUUGUGAUCUACUCGUACAGUAUACAGUAUUUCUUGCCACCCGUUCUCUCUCUGGACUAACUUAGUCCUGUGCCGUGACUCUGCGUGCUGUUGUUCUUGUUCCCGGAGUCUUCUCCGUUUUUUUUUGGUCUCCGCCAUUUAAUGUCUGCUUUUCUUGCUCUACCAUGAUAUUCUCGCACCUGCUUUGUUUACUCUUCGGACUACGAUGUGUACCUCUCUCAGCGUAUCAUAUCCUCUGAUUCAUAUUGUCC